AUGGGCAAGGACAAGAAAGAUGUUGGGUCCAAGCAGGUCACCGAGGAUUUCGCCAUCGCCCCGGAGAAGAUCACCCCGACCCUGGACGCCUCCAAGUGGCCGCUCCUGUUGAAGAACUACGACAAGCUCAUGCGAGAAUUUGCGAGGGUUUCCCAUCCUCCGCCCUCUGACCGCCGACCCGUCGCCGCACCCCGAUCACCGCAGGUUCGCACCGGGCACUACACCCCGAUCCCAUGCGGCCACUCCCCGCUGAAGCGCCCGCUCCAGGAGUACAUCCGCUACGGCGUGAUCAACCUCGACAAGCCCGCCAACCCCUCGUCGCACGAGGUUGUCGCGUGGCUCAAGCGUAUGCUCCGCGUGGAGAAGACGGGGCACUCCGGCACGCUCGACCCGAAGGUGACGGGCGGUUUGAUCGUCUGCAUCGACCGCGCGACGCGCUUGGUCAAGGCCCAGCAGGGCGCCGGUAAGGAGUACGUGUGCAUCUGCAGGCUGCACGGAGCGCCGGAAGGGGGCAAAACCGCGGUGCAACGCGCCAUCGAGACGCUCACCGGCGCGCUGUUCCAACGGCCGCCGCUCAUCUCCGCGGUCAAGCGACAGCUCCGCAUCCGCACCAUCUACGAGAGCAAGAUGUACGAGUACGACGAGGAGCGCAACCUCGUGGUGUUCUGGAUCUCCUGCGAGGCUGGGACGUACGUGCGAACCAUGUGCGUGCACCUCGGUUUGCUCCUGGGCGUGGGCGGGCACAUGCAGGAGCUCCGCCGCGUCCGCUCCGGCAUCCUCGGCGAGAAGGACAACCUCGUGACGAUGCACGACGUCAUGGACGCCAUGUGGGUCCACGAUAACCUCAAGCAGGAGGACUACCUUCGCCGCGUCGUCAUGCCGCUCGAGGUUCUCCUCACCAACUACAAGAGGGUCGUGGUCAAGGACUCCGCCGUCAACGCCAUCUGCUACGGCGCGAAGCUGAUGAUCCCGGGCCUCUUGCGAUACGAGGCGGGCAUCGAGGUCGGCGAGGAGGUGGUCCUGAUGACCACGAAGGGCGAGGCGAUCGCCGUGGGCAUCGCACAGAUGAACACGGCGGUGAUGGCCACGUGCGACCACGGGUGCGUGGCGAAGAUCAAGCGCGUCGUGAUGGAACGCGAUACCUACCCGAGGCGCUGGGGCUUGGGUCCCACCGCGCAGGCGAAGAAGAAGCUCAUCGCGGAGGGCAAGCUGGACAAGUUCGGUAAGCCCAACGAUAAGACGCCCGCGGAGUACCUCCGCGCGGUGCCCGACGCCAACGGGGCCAAGGCGAAGGAUGCGGGUGAGCGGGACAAGCGCGAGCGAUCGCCGGGCGCCGACGUAUCCGGCGACUCGCCGGAGAAGAAGAAGGACAAGAAGGAGAAGAAGGAGAAGAAGGAGAAGAAGGAGAAGAAGGAGAAGAAGGACAAGUCGUGA